GGGCGGCCGCGGGGGCUGCCGGGAGCCUGCGGGGCUGAGUCCGCCGUCAUGCUGCUUUUCUGCCCCGGCUGCGGGAACGGGCUGAUCGUGGAGGAGGGACAGCGCUGCCACCGUUUCGCCUGCAACACCUGCCCCUACGUGCACAACAUCACCCGCAAGGUAACAAAUCGGAAGUAUCCAAAGCUCAAAGAAGUGGAUGAUGUGCUUGGUGGAGCAGCUGCCUGGGAGAAUGUUGACUCUACUGCAGAGCCCUGCCCCAAAUGCGAACAUCCUCGAGCCUAUUUUAUGCAGCUUCAGACCCGCUCUGCAGACGAGCCCAUGACUACCUUCUACAAGUGCUGCAAUGCUCAGUGUGGUCACCGCUGGAGGGACUAGGGUGCAGCCGGCCAGCUGCGUCAGUCUGUUCCCUUCUUCCCCACGGGGCCUCCCAGCUGGGAGCGGGCACUGUGUGUCCCGAGGGUCUCUGCUGGUUGGCAGAAAGCUAACCCUUUUCGGGUUGUCGGCCAGGGUGUCAGGAAAGGUAGCCCGUCUGCCAACCAGCGGAUGAACUCAUUCAUGUCCAGGGAGAUUUUAAGUGUGGGAAGGAGUUUCCGUAACUAAGUACAUUCUGCUUCAGGUCCAGUUC